AUGUCUGGAAACGCUAAACGAGGUGGUAGAGGUAGUAGACAAACAUGUAGCUCAAGCUGUAAUUUCCAAGCAGGUGGAAGUAGGCCAACUAGUCCUGAAAAUCAGUUUACCUUUAGUGCACCAAAGGAAACUGCUACUCAUCACGAGAGUAUUUGGAAAACCUACCAGAAAAAGCUGCAACCAACUUCUGAUAAAAAGAUGACAAAAGCUAUGGAAGCAGAACGUGCCAUGGACAUGGAAAAAAGUAUUGUUCAGGACACUUAUGGACUACACUCCAAAUCUUCUUCUGGUAACAACAAAGGGAACACUCACGAAAAAUCCAAGGCGGUCGUGAAAGAAAUGUCACGUGACCCUCCCUUAUUUCCGCAAAAUAUUGUUAACAACGUGAAUGGAACCAAUAAUGUUCCAACUCUUAACAAAGAAAUUACUUCAACUCCUUAUAAGGAUCAACAACAAUCUGUUGAGUUGCCUAAUCAGGAUAAGAACAAUCUGCAAGCCGAUCAUAAGUCUCAGCCCAUGGAUGUCGAUCCUAGUAACUCUCACAAAGAUUCAUCGAUCAUUACGAUUGAAAAGGUUAAAGAGCAUAUUGCAAUCGUCCCUUAUGGUGAACUUCUUGGGGGUAAAACUACAAAACUUACUAAAAUUAAAAAUGCUUUGAAGACGUAUAAUAUUCAGUACAAUAUGCAAUUACCUAUCAUCCAACUUGAAGGUGAUUCAGGAGAGGUUUUUAAUGUCAAGCUUCAGCCUAUUCCAUCAAAACCUGUUAAGGUGGUUAAUACAGAUGAAAAAAAUAAUGAUAAUUUGCAAAAUUCUAAUGGUCGUACAAUCCAAGUUAUUGAUAUUUCUGCAUAUAAACAGGUUCGCGAAAUUAGAGAAUCAUUUGAAGAUCUUGGCAAAAUUGAGAAAAUUUAUACAAGAGGCGCUGGUCUUUACCAAGUCGCGUUCAUUACAUAUAAGGAUGCUAAUUCUAUUAGUUAUUUCAACGAGCAAUGGAGUUAUCAUAUUAAUAAAGACAUAGUUAGAGUCUUACCCUUGUUGUUGAGCAAGGAGGAACGUGAGAAAAGAAAACAAUUCUCACUAAGAUUAUCGGGUUUACAUUAUCAAACUAGUGGUUAUAAUCUUAAAGAAGUCAUGACACAAUGUAAAGGGAAAACUUGUUUUAUCCCUGCCGUAAUGAUUAGAGGAAAAUAUCAAAGAUGUCGCUAUGCUUACAUUCAUUUUUCUUCACGAGAGGAUUUGAUGGCAGCUAGACAAAUGAAUAUUGAAUUCAAAAAAGGCAAUGCAGGUGCUAGAAAAUUAUAUUGGAAUUUCAAUAACCAUCCGAUGUUUUUAAAAUUCAAGGAACAAAUUAUUAACACCAUAAGAAAGGUGGAAGAUAAAUUGUGUAAAAUGGAAUCACUCAUUAACGACACUGGCAAGCAAAUUAGUGAAGUAGUUACAGCACAACAAGCACUUAAAUGCGAUAAAGCACAUCCAAUCCCAAGUAGUAAGAAAAAGAAAAAUCAACAAUCCAAUGCUGGUGCAGAAGUUAAAGCAGCGAAAAAACGCUGUAAAAGUGACUCUGAAUCAAGUGAAGACGAAGAUGAACUAGCAAAUAAGUCCGCUCUUCAAUCACAACAAUUCCAAAAAUCUGAUCAAAAUAUUCAAAAUAUUGUGGAUCAACAGAAAAAAAUUCAACAAAAUCACCAGGAAACUAAAUCCUUACUUUCAUCACUUUACAACAUGUUAUCUGGCGGCCCUUCAGCUUCAUCAUUAUUGGGGGAUAAUGAUGAAGUUUUUGAUGAUUCUGUCAUAUAA